AUGAUAGAUGAAGUAGGGUUGCCUGGGUCCAGGUGGUGGCUGAUCCUCUGGGGGGCCCUCCAGGUUUGCCCCACACAGAGCUCUAUCCUUUGGGCCCAACAGCAACCCCAGAAGCUGACAUCCCCUGGGUACCCAGAGCCAUAUCUCAAAGGCCAAGUGAGCACCACUGACAUCCAGGCUCCGGAGGGCUUCGUUGUGAGGCUGGUCUUCCAGGACUUCGACCUGCAGCCGUCCCAGGACUGUGAGCAGGAUUCUGUCACAAUCAAAGCCGGUGGGACUCCUCCAGUCCGGCUCUGUGGUCACCAGGGCUCCCAGCUGGGCAGCCUACCUGGCCAGAGGGAGUUUGUGUCCUCAGGAAAGAGGUUGCAGCUGACCUUCCGCACUGAUGUCUCUUUGGAGGAUAGAACCACCCAUCUGCACAAGGGCUUUCUCGCCCUCUACCAAGCUGUGGAUGUGAACAAUAGUCACUCCAUCAGCCAGGCCAAUGGCAGCUCCAAGGCUAUCGCUGGAUACAGCUCAUCCAAGAUCCAGAACCAUUGCCAGGAGCUAUACUAUCAAGUAGUGCCAACAGGAACACUCACCUGCACAACUCAGGAGACCUGCAAGGACAGACACAAUAGGGAGGAAGCCCCUCAGUGUGUGCCUGUAUGUGGGCGACCAGUCACUCCCAUCACCCAGAACCAGGAGGCCUUUGGUUCUUCCAGAGCUCAGCUGGGCAGCUUCCCCUGGCAAGCCUUCACCAGCAUCUAUGGCCGUGGAGGUGGCGCCCUGCUGGGUGACAGAUGGGUCCUCACUGCUGCCCACACCGUCUAUCCCAAGGACAUUGUCUCCUCCCGGAAGAACAGGAGUGUGCAUGUGUUCCUGGGCCACACAAGCAUAGAUGAGUUGCUGAAACUGGGAAACCACCCUGUCCGUCGCGUGGUUGUUCACCCAGACUACCGUCAGAAUGAGUCUCACAACUUCGAUGGGGACAUCGCUCUUCUGGAGCUCCAGCACAGUGUCUCUCUGGGCCCCCACCUCCUCCCGGUCUGUCUUCCCGACACUGAGACCCUCUACCGCAGUGGUCAGUUGGGCUUUGUCAGUGGGUUUGGCAUGGAGAAGGGCUGGUUAACUUCUGAAUUGAAAUACACACAACUACCUAUAGCCGCUGGAGAGGCCUGUGAGGCCUGGCUCCGAGAGAAGCAGAGGAUUGAGGUGUUUUCUGACAACAUGUUCUGUGUAGGGGAUAAGACGCGGGAGCAGACUGUCUGCCAGGGGGACAGUGGUAGCGUCUAUGUGGUGUGGGAUGAUUAUGCACAUCGUUGGGCAGCCGCAGGUAUUGUAUCCUGGGGCAUCGGGUGUGGCAAGGGAUAUGGCUUCUACACCAAAGUGCUCAACUAUGUUGACUGGAUUAAGAGAGUGAUGGAGGGGAAGGACUGA